AUGUAUUCCACCGGAGACUGGAGAGAUGAGUUUUCCACCGACGAAGAUGUUCAGCCACCGCGGCCGAAAAAGCGCACGGCGCAGGUGUCCUCCCUGCCCUUCAGCGUGGAGGCGCUCAUGUCGGACAGGAGACCGCUGAAUACGCUGGACCGACAGAAGGGAAAUGACGCUUUGAAUGACGAUCAGACGAAAAGACCGGUUGAGUUUUCCCAACAAUUAAUAUCCAUCAAAUCCGAACCGUCGGAACAAGAGGACAGUGCGUCUUGGAUAUCCCGCCCCAUGAAGAUGUCCACACCACCCCGGCAGCUCAGUCCAGCAGCCUGCUCCCUGAGGAAACACAAAACCAACCGCAAGCCUCGCACUCCCUUCACCACCACGCAGCUCCUGGCCCUGGAGAGGAAGUUUCGUCAGAAACAGUACCUGUCCAUCGCCGAGCGGGCCGAGUUCUCCUCCUCCCUGUCACUGUCUGAGACUCAGGUCAAGAUCUGGUUCCAAAACCGACGAGCUAAGGCCAAGAGGCUCCAGGAGGCCGAGGUGGAGAAACUCAAAAUAGCAGCUGUUGUUGGACCCAAGACUGUAUUGCACCCAGGCUUCUCGUCCUUAAGUUUCCCCCUCAGUGUUGACCUGCAGGCUGGUUCAGCAGCACUCUACGGACUGGGCUGCUCAUACGGCCGCAGCCCCAUUCUCCCCGCCGCACAUCUGGCCAUGUACGCCUCACAGGUCGGCUACAGCCUGUUCCACCUCUCCUGAGAGGAAGCAGCAUUAUACAAACAAAGUGCUGUGGAUCUGGAUGGGUGUGAAAAGGAGUUACGCACCUUAUGAGAGACUUGUCUGCAAAGGAUCUGAGCUUGAGCAGGAGCUUCUUGACCAUUUGAGAAUUUAUAAAUGUCUUUGGACUUUUUGAAAGA